AACCCUGAAUCAAUUUUACGUAUUUUUCUCCUUUUAUACGGGUGGCGUCUUACUUAUGGAAACAAAAUUAAGAAUUGGAGAAAAGAACGGAUACUUUCUUCUGCAACCCUUUCUUCGACUGCGAUCGAUUGACGACAACGGUGACUGUGUUGUCGAUUUCGACUCCAUUAAUAGUAUCCCCAAGAACAUCGCUCUUCUACAAGAGGAACAGGAGUGCCAUUGAGGUGAGAAGAUGUCUGUAGCACCUACCGGUCAUCUUAAUCUUGAAGAAUCUCCAUCGAGGGGAUCUCGAAGCGUGGACUGUUUCGAGAAAUUGGAGCAGAUUGGUGAAGGAACAUAUGGUCAAGUAUACAUGGCAAGAGAAAUCAAAACUGGGGAAAUUGUUGCUUUGAAAAAGAUUCGGAUGGACAAUGAAAGAGAAGGGUUCCCUAUAACUGCUAUACGUGAAAUUAAAAUCCUAAAGAAGUUGCAGCAUGAUAAUGUAAUUAAGCUGAAGGAGAUUGUCACCUCCCAAGGACAGGAAAAGGAUGAACAGGGGAAAUCAGGUGCUACAGAUGGUAACAAGUAUAAAGGUAGCAUCUACAUGGUUUUUGAAUACAUGGACCAUGAUUUAACAGGUCUUGCAGAUCGUCCUGGGAUGAGAUUUUCGAUUCCCCAGAUCAAGUGCUAUAUGAGGCAGUUAUUGACAGGGCUUCAUUAUUGUCAUGUCAAUCAAGUACUUCAUCGUGAUAUCAAAGGCUCAAAUCUUUUAAUAGAUAAUGAAGGUAAUUUGAAGCUUGCAGAUUUUGGCCUUGCUCGUUCUUUCUCCAAUGACCACAAUGGUAACCUUACAAAUCGCGUUAUCACUUUGUGGUACAGACCCCCAGAAUUGCUUCUUGGAACCACAAGAUAUGGUCCUGCUGUUGACAUGUGGUCUGUUGGUUGUAUCUUUGCGGAGCUUCUGCAUGGAAAGCCCAUCUUAACUGGGAAAAAUGAGCCAGAGCAAUUGAACAAGAUCUUUGAACUCUGUGGAGCUCCUGAUGAAGUCAUCUGGCCUGGUGUUUCCAAGAUUCCUUGGUAUAACAAUUUCAAGCCAACAAGGCCUAUGAAAAGGCGUCUUAGAGAGGUUUUCAAACAUUUUGAUCGCUAUGCUCUGGAGUUACUAGAGAGAAUGCUAACUCUUGACCCAUCUCAGAGGAUAUCUGCCAAGGAUGCACUUGAUGCUGAGUAUUUCUGGAAUGAUCCCUUACCUUGUGAUCCUAAGAGUUUACCUAAAUAUGAAUCAUCCCAUGAGUUUCAGACAAAGAAGAAGCGUCAACAACAAAGACAAAAUGAGGAAUUGGCAAAGCGGCAGAAACUACAGCACCCUCAGCCACAUGCACGCCUGCCUCCCGUCCAACAUGCUGGCCAAGCGCAUCCUCAGCUUCGGUCAGGACCGAACCAACCCAUGCAUAACUCUCAGUCCCAGCAUCCAGUGGUUGCAGGGCCUAGCCACCAUUACGGUAAACCCCGUGGACCUUCUGGGCCGCCGAACAGAUACCCUCCAAGUGGAAACUCAGGUGGGGGUUACAACCCUGGACGUGGAGGUUAUAGUGGUGGGCCAUAUCCACAGCAUGGGCGGGGGCCUCCUCCAUAUGCUACGGGUGCUAUCCCUGGUACAGGUCCCCGAGCAACUGGCAAUGCUUAUGUAGUUGGUGCUCCAAAUUACUCCCAGGGUGGUCCAUAUGGAGGAGGUUCAGGUGCUGGUCGAGGCACAAACAUGAUGGGUGGUAAUCGAAAUUCGCAGUAUGGUUGGCAGCAGUAAUGGAUAAACUGUGAUGCUUAAAACAUGGAAGAAGAGUGGAUAAAAAGGGGAGAAAAAGCUAUGCCCUUUGUAUCAGGUGAAAUCCAACUUGAUCUCAUGCCAACUGCCAUGGAGGUUUUUCUUUAUCCCUGGUUGCUUGUUGACCCCGCUCCUUUCAAAGCCAAGAUAGCCUGUUCAAGUUUAGCUUUGCUAGUACUAGAUGCAGCUCAACCUUUGUUUUAAACUCCAUUUAAGUGGUCAAUAAGAAAAGAGCAAUCAGUAAGAAUGAGCUUGCAAGUGCCUAAUAUUCUGAUUCCUGUGGCUUAGCAGAGGGUGAAUCAGGAGUGGAUCUGGGCUGUUUGUUACAACCAGCACAAGACCUUACCGAAUUAGCUUUCUGGUAACCUUCAUUUCCUUCUAUCCAUUUUACCAUACUAGUACCAGAGAAGAUUAUACUAUUUAGCUUUUGGAGUAUUAAUUUUUUUUUUGGGGUUAUUUUUGCUUUAAAUUAUAUUAAUCUUCCUACUGCACAUGUGGCUUGUCUACUAUAUGUUAGGAUCACUAGUGAGAUAGAAAGAAUUGAAGCUUAUGCUUGAUCUCUUAUCUUAAAGUUAGUUUGAGUAUGCAUCUUUCUGACAUAUUGGGGUAACACAUUGACAUGUGCAUGGGACCAUUUAUUAAACCAUAGAGGUAUGAAGUUUCUCUUCAUGGUA